CACAUACCUUGUUUACCUUUCUUCUCCUCCUUCUCUGUUUCCAUUUCUUUACUCUUGUUUUUUUGUCUUCCUUGUGAAUUACUUGUUCUCGGUGCUUUCAGCAUGAUCAAGUAGACUGACUGCUUGUGUUUACAUUAGAGCUCUGGAGCAACUCUGAGAAUUAAUGGGUGAAUCAAUAGUGAAGGCUUCCAAUAGUGAAGAUAAGAUGAGGGAGUCCGUUCCAGUGAAUCCUGUCCUUGAACUGUCUGUCUCGUUCGGUAGGUUUGAGAAUGAUUCGCUUUCUUGGGAGAAAUGGUCAUCUUUCUCGCAGAAUAAGUACUUGGAAGAAGUGGGAAAGUGUGCAACUCCAGGAUCAGUAGCCAAGAAAAAGGCAUACUUUGAAGAGCAUUACAAGAAGAUUGCUGCUAGAAAAGCCGAGGUACUGGGUCAGGAGAAGUCAAUGGAAAGUAAGUCCUUCAAAUCAGUUGAUCGAGAUCAAAAUGGUGAAGAUCUGAUGGGUGAAUCUAAUGGUCAGUGUUCUGUUGAAGAAGUUAAGCGAGAAGGCAACUUGACUAGUGAGGUGAAUGACAUCAGUGAUGAGGAGCCAGUCAAGGAAGAUGGAACAACAAUAGAACUUCAAAGCUCAUCUGCUCAGGCAGUGAUAGAGGAAAAGGAUGGUGGAUUGGAAAGUCCAAAGCCAUAUGAACCAGAAGAAGCUGUUUUGGUAAAAGAAGAGGAAACACAUUCUAAUAAUUCUCAAGACAAAGGGGAGUUGCCACAAGGUUUGGAGAAAGAAAAAGAAGAUGCCACAAUGAUCAAAGAGAAAAAUGUGAAGUUGGAUCACCUGUUAAAAUCACAUAAGAUUACUACUCCAGUGAAAAAGGAGAGAAAUGUGGCAGAGGUGAAGAAGAAACCUGCAUCCCCUGUGAAUAAAACGCCACAAUUCUACACUCCUCGAACGUCAAAGCCAACAUCAACUCAUACUACUGCGCCCUCAUCAAGAACUUCAACAAAAGUAGGAACUGUUUCAUCAUUGACAAGGACUAAGAAUCCUCCUAUGGGAGAGAGCAAGAAAGUGGCUUCCAAAUCCUUGCACAUGUCCUUUAGAUUGGAACCGUCAGGUUCUAACCAAGCUCCUCUUGCAACAACUAGAAAAUCUCUCAUUAUGGAAAAAAUGGGGGAUAAGAACAUUGUCAAACGAGCAUUUAAGACAUUUCAGAGUAAUUACAACCAACUCAAAUCCUCCAGUCAAGAACAAUCUACAAUGCUGAAAGGCCCAAAACAGGUACCUUCAAAGGGGGCAGAACCUAAAGUUUCCACUUUGGUGACUCCUCGAAAAGAGAAUGGAGGAUUUGCCAGAGCAGGUGGAGUGGAGAAAAAGAAUGCCAAAGCUGCCCCGUCCAACUUUCACUUGAAAAGUGAUGAAAGGGCAGAGAAAAAGGAGGAGUUCUCAAAGAAGUUGGUAGAAGAAUCCAAGGCUAGAGAGGCAGAGAGAACACGCCUUCAGACCAAAUCCAAGGAGGACAAAGAAGCUGAUAUAAAAAAAUCAAGACAGAACCAUAAUUUUAAAGCCGCACCAAUGCCAAGUUUUUCUUGUGGACAAAAACUUUCAAAUAACCAUGUAGAUAAGAUCUUGCAGGAUACCAAGAAUCACAACCUUCCAUGACCACACACCCCACUGAAACGUGCAUCAAGCAUCACCUAUCAAUACUCAGGAGAAAAAACCAAAAACGUCUGCUACCAAAUACUGGAGAAGACACGAGAAUAGUGCACCCAAUUCAGAAGACUUAUUAUAUCAGUGGACUUGGAAUGUACAUAUGAAAGUAUGAGGAUCUUUCGUCCUACUGUCCUAGGACAUCUGCAAUCAGUCAUUGUUGAGUGUCAUUCUGUAUGCUCGAAUGGCUGCAAAUAUACUUACGUACGCGGCUAUCUUUUCAUCUUAGUAUACAUUAAUAAUGUUGUAGUAAAUGUAAAGGAGAAUGGGGCUUUGCUCCCCACUUCUCCUGAGGGAGGAUAGAGAUCAUGUAAGAAAAAAGAUUUGCAGUUUGAUGUACUCGUAUUGUCACAUUUAUGAUUCAGAUGAAGCUUGUAGUUCCAUUUUAAUGAACCUCUGAAUCUGAAUUAUGAAUUGCAAUCGCAAACAUUCAAGGGAGA